AUGCUAGAUGCAGCAUCAGGUGGAGCUCUAUGGGCUAAGAGCUAUGAUGAGGCUUAUGAGUUGAUCGAGAUGAUGUCCGCGAACGAAUAUCAGAAUCCUACUCAGCGUCUUCAUCAGGGCAAUGCAGCAGAGAUUCUGGAUGUUGAUGGUACUUCAGCCAUAGCCGCUCAGCUUAAGGCUCUUACUAUGAAGGUGGAUUUUUUGGCAAAUCUAGGAAAUCAGCAGCCACCUUCAGUCUGCGAACUCUGUGCUGGUGCACAUUCUUCGGAUCAGUGUGCUAUAUCUAGUGAAUCCGCUCAGUUUGUGAGCAACUUCCAGAGUGGAAAAACUGUUGUUGAAGCUGACAAGAAUAAAAUCAACGAGGAAGCAAGCAAGGAUUCAGCCGAGAAGUCUAGCCCGAAAGCUGAUAUUGGGGUCAAGCAAGUAUAUCCACCUCCACCUUUUCCGAAGAGACUUCAGAAGCAUAAGCUCGACAAACAAUUCUCUAAAUUUUUAGAGGUUUUCAAGAAACUACAAAUCAACAUACCUUUUGCGGAAGCUCUAGAACAAAUGCCGAGUUAUGCUAAAUUCAUGAAAGGUAUUCUUUCUCGGAAACUUAAACUUGAGGAAUUGGAGACUGUAGCUUUGACCGAGGAGUGCAGCGCGGUGUUGCAGCAGAAAUUGCCUCCGAAGCUGAAAGAUCCGGGAAGUUUCACAAUACCGUGUACCCUUGGACCAUUGUCAUUCGACAAGUGUUUAUAUGACUUGGGAGCUAGCAUUAAUCCGAUGCCAUUAUCUGUCUUCAAGAAACUUGGUCUGCCAGAGCCGAAACCUACAAACAUGUACUUACAACUGGCUGAUCGGUCCAUCACAUACCCGAGAGGUAUAGUGGAAGACGUCUUGGUUAAAGUGGAUAAGCUCAUCUUCCCUGCUGAUUUUGUGUUCAACACAAUGAAAUUUCCAACCGACGAAGAAGAAUGCUUUAAGGUGGAGCCACUAGAAGCUGUUGAAUAUUCUGAGAUGGAGCAAAAGCUAAGGCCAGGUACCUUAGAGAGAGUCAUAUCACGGGAUUCUGAUUUCGAAGAUGAAGGAGGAGCAGAGCUUAAGAAUUUUAAGGAGCGUCUUAAACCAUCUAUUGAAGAAGCUCCCAAUCUCGAACUCAAACUACCACCGGAUCUCUUAAGUGAUGUGUAG